AUGGCUGGGCUUUUCCAGUCAUUUCGGAGCUCCAGCAUGCCUAAACGGCUGCUGCGAUAUGCCUUGUCGCGGCUGGAGCUCCUCGAUUCCGACGCGUUAGACAUGGAUAAUCUAGAUCUGGCUUUGGGUAGAAAUACAGUGUUUGAGUUUAGGGACGUUGGAGUUCAGCUAGAUAAACUUGAGAAGCUACUGAAACUGCCUAGGACGUUUGCGCUGCAAAAGGCAAAGGUCCUGCUCCUGCGAGUCACCAUUCCGAUGGAUUUCUAUACGAGCCCUAUAUCUAUCGAAGUCGAUGGCGUCGACGUCAAGUUGAAAGUGCUUGUGUCUGACGCCAAGUCCAAAUCAACCAAAUCUACUACCCCCGAUGAUGCCUCAGCUGCUGUACCAAAUACCGUGGAUCUUGCGCAAUCAUUCCUCGAAACGCAGCCGUCGUCGGAGCGAAAGAAACUCGAAGCUGCGCUGGCUGCCGAAGCGCAAGAUCUCGGCGCAUCUACAGCAAUGAGCGAUGACAGCAGUGAAGAUGAGCCUAUCGUGGGUACCGGGCAGCCUCUAUCGCUGCCAGGCUUCUUGGCGGGUUUUCUGCAGGGAAUUAUGGACCGAAUGCAGAUAAAAAUCAAAGGCGUCAGAUUCCAGUUGGAUAUGGAUAUCCCUGUAGACCUGCAUUCGUCAGUUACCGAACCAGUGUCUUUCCAAAUCGCUUUGGAAGGCAUCGAUAUCGAAGGCGUUACUACAAGAAGCGAGAAAUCAGAAGCAUCGCCAGCUGCAGCUCCAAAGGAAGGAAAGCGGCAAAUCUCCUUGGACAAUGUCCGCGCUUACCUGGUGUCCGAGGCCAACGUCUUCUCUACCCUAACCCGGUCCUCAUCCAUGACUUCACCAUCCGAUACGUCUUCGCCUCAUAUGACAAGGAACCCACCUUCGAGGCAAACUACAUCCUUAUCGUCAGAAAACCACCUGACCGACGAACAUGAUGCGUAUCAGCCCGACUACCCCUUGGGAGAUAGCGAAGAAGCUCUUGGAAUUCCAUACGAGUUUGAAGAAGAUGAGGAUCAGGGCAUGCCAGACGACGAGUCUCCUGCGACUCCCCGCGCGUCAAUGUACCAAGAUUUUAAUUCCCCUGACGAUGCAGGUUUCCAUUCGCCUGAAGAUCCUGCGCCGUAUUCUUCACCCCCAAGAAGUAUGUUCAACAGCACGAUAUCUAGGGCACAAGAUGCUUUCGAGCAGGACUUUCAACCAAGCUAUCCCAUGUCGCGACAACAGUCGAAUCUUGAGGGUCAUGCUCAGUCCUUGGCAGAGUUGGGGAACCAAGAUCAGUACGAACCGGAAAACCUGGCUGACGAUCUCACGCAAUCGCAUCUCUAUACACACGAAGAGGCUGAGAGCAUGUAUAUGAGUGCUUUUUCAAAGGCAGAGAGCGAGGCUGAUAUAUCCGAGCUCAGAUCCUCAAAGCACUCAGAUGCGUCAACCGUUGAACAAGCGGUUCCGUCAUCAGUAGAAGAGGCGGCUCAAGUUCAGAUUCCCCCAUCUCCUCAAGAAUUUGCUAUGCCUGGGGGCUGGGAUGACAAUGCGUCUGAAGGUUCAUCGGCAUCUGAUCGGACCAUGUCGCCUGAGAAACUGGCUCCCAAGCCGGAAGAAAUAUCAGAGCACGAAGCCGAGGAGAGGCUCAAGUCUGAACCUGGGCGAGAGAAGCCGGGUUCUCCUGUCUUUGGCCAGACUUCAAUAGCCGAAGACGCAUCGAUUGACAUCGAAGGGAAGCCACAGCACGAGGACGUGGCUACUCCAAAGGGGCCGACGCGAGUUGUCAAGGAAAUUCUACAUCUCAGCUCCAUUUCUAUAUAUGUGCCAACAACACACCAGCACAUUGAAAUAGAAGAGGAUAAUUCUGAGUCAGUUGCCGAGCUUGCUAGGGCAAUGGGCAACUCGGUAUAUCCUCAAGCGCCUGGAGCGUUUUCCGUGCACGCGCCGACUUCCGGCUCGGUGUAUGGCCACAGGCCCUCAAUACAGUCAACGCAGAGUGUUGAUAACGUUUUGGAGAUAGACUUGUCUCCGGUAUCCAUCCGCUUUGAUGCUUCACUCGCCUUUGUGCUUGCCAUGAUUGUUGGAAAGCUUCUCGACGCGGUCAAACAGGAUAAUCCGGUAAAGGUCUCGAGCAGUGGGGCUGAAAACGAGCAACAUAUGGAUAAGACCCCAGAGAUCAAGGUUACUGUCCAAGAAAUAUCUUUGGAUUUCCUGAGUCGACUUGGUGGAGUGGCAGAUACGCCUCGGCGUCAUUUGGACUCUUCGGCAUUUAUGUUUGCCCACGAGGUCCUUCUUAAUGCCACCUUGAGCGGCUUGACUAUUGGUGUUUCGCCAACUAAAGUACCAGUAGCCAGGGGCGGAAGGGACAUGCAAGAUGCCAUUCAAACAAAAAUCGACCUGCAAACCUUCCGCUUUGGAUACGCCAAAGAUGAUAUCAUCUCCUUUGAUAAGGUUGAGCCAAUGAGUACUUCUGUGAGAGAUACUUUUAUUUCACACGGGCAUGAUGUUGGUAUCAGAAUUACGCAAACGAAGAAAGGCGUCAAGACCGAGAUUGAAGCGCUACCAUUAGCUGUUCGUAUUGAUCUGCAGAAGCUAGACGAGACAUUCAGCUGGUUCGGAGGUCUCAGUAGCUUUCUUAAUAUGAGCGCUUCAAUGACUUCCAGCCCAUCGCCUACACCAAAGUCACCUCACAAAUCUGUGUCCACGCAGAGGCCAAAGGGAGUGCGAUUCGAUACACCUAUUAAGCCUGAUGAUAAAUCCGCUGCUUUUGAAAACAAGAUCGAUAUGCGGAUAGGUGGCUCUUUUGUUGAACUCCUUGGCAAAGAAUGCAGUUUUAUUGCAAAGAGCGGAAGCAUCUCUCUCGUUAGCCGAGAAGAAGGCAUGGGAAUCGUAUGGCGCACAAUGCGCGUGUCUGGGCCAUACUUGAAAAAUUCCAUGGCAGAUCCCGCCAUUAUGACCGACAUCAAUGGAGUCAGGCUGGAGUUUGUAACAAUUCCAACCAAUUCAGAUCUUGAGAAGCUUCUCGAGUUGAUUACGCCCUCAAAAGCCAAGUUUGAUCAUGGCAGCGACGAAAUCAUGGUUGAUACUCUCUUACGGCAGCGAAGAAAGGGCUCGGUACUCAGAGCUACAAUAGACACCCUGAACGUGCGAGUUAAGAACAUGGCCCAAUUCGAGGUGCUACCAGCUCUAGCUGAAGAAGUGGCCAAGUUGUCUACUGUGGCCAAAUAUCUCCCAGAAGACGAUCGGCCUGGACUCAUGACUCUGGCAACGAUCCAUAAGCUUGGCACGAGUGUCGACCUUGGCGGAACCUUUGGGCAGCUUAGCUGCGACGUCCGGGGGCUCGAGGCUGCGCACAUUACCGUUCCGUCGCUGGUAGCUGUUGCAGUGUCUGGAAUUUCCGUCCGACGCAACGAAACAGAAGAGCUUAUUAAUUCUUCGAUCCUGUACUCUUCAGCAGAGAAUGCCAUGAAUCGAGGACCAGUCAUCAUGGCGAGGAUGAUCGGCGACGACAUUGAGCCCGUCGUCAAGCUCAACCUACAGGAUGUCAGCAUCGAGUAUCGGGUUCCAACUAUCAUGGAUAUCCUUGGCCUGGCAAACGAUGCUACGCCGCAGGAUUUCGAAGAGAGCCUCGCCGCGUCAGUAGCUAGUCUUGGUGACCAAGCUCAUGCCGCACUGGCACGGCCUCAGCCUCAGUCACCGACUGAAGUCACUGCUAAGCAGAGUAAACCAAUGACCUUGGACGUAUCGUUUCGAAAUUGCCUUGUCGGCUUGAACCCUCUCAAUCAAAAAUCGAAGAUGGUCCUUGUAUUCACAGAUGCCCACCUCUCCGUCACUCUUCCAAAGGACGAGGUCACAAAGGUGAAUCUGGAUAUUAACAAGGCCUCAAUUUUGCUGACAGACGAUGCUACCCUUGACGCAUCUGAUGACCGUACUUUGAGGAACCCAAGACGGCGAUCGUCGUCUUCAGCGACCCCUCAAGUAAUCUCUCUGUGUGCUGAGGGAUAUGUGGAUAUUUGCUACAUGUCCUCUGCAAAAGUCGUCGUCAAUGUCGCUCCAGGUCUAGAUGGUGAGAAGCAGGUAGAAAUUGAAGUUCGAGAUGAUCUCUUGGUGUUGGAGACUUGUGCCGACUCGACCCAAACCCUGAUAAGCUUGGCUAAUGCUCUUUCACCGCCGACUCCGCCAAGCAAAGAGAAUAAAUACCGGACCAAGGUAGUACCUGUCCAAGAUCUGCUUGCUUCGAUUUCUGCAGAGGCAUUUGGCAGGCCAGAAGGGGAAUACGACUUUGACCAGGACUUUUCUGCUGCACGAGAAAUGGCUAGAAGCCAGUUCGACACCGGUUCUGAAAGUGACGGUUCUCUCCCUAUCGAAUCCCAAUUCUAUGGAGAUGAAACUGCGGGAGAAGAACUAUUCGAUGCCAUGAAUGUAUCCAGUACAUCGCAAGAUCCGAGGAUGCAAGAUACCAACGAGGGAGUUUUAAUCUCUGGGCUUGAAUCUUCCACUAGCAACGCCUCAGAAGACGGCGAAGGUCUGGUUAUCCACGACGACUUUUAUAACCGCAAUGCCGCCGAAGAGCACACUGCAAAGAUUUGGAACUCGAACAAGAAUACUUACGACAGAGCCCCUGCGCACAUUGUAAAGCGCAGUCCUCUCAAAGUAUCUGUGAGAGAUGUCCAUGUCAUCUGGAACUUAUUUGAUGGCUACGACUGGAUCCAUACUCGCAAUGUCAUCAACAAAGCUGUCCAUGAUCUAGAGCAUAAAGCCUUUGAUCGCCAAGCAGGGCUCGCCAACGGGCAGGUCCACGGCGAAGAGCGUGAAGAUGAAGAUAAAAUAGAUGACUUCUUGUUCAACUCCAUCUAUAUCGGAAUCCCAGCCAAUCGAGACCCGCAAGAGUUGGCCCGCGCCAUCAACGAAGGCCUCGCUGACAAUAUGACGGAGACGGAAUCAGUCGCCACUACAGCUGUGACAGCAACAUCAAACCGGACUGUGCGUAGAGGGUACCCCAAAUCUCAGCGCCUGAAGUUGCGACGAAGCAAACGCCACAAAAUCACCUUUGAGCUUCGAGGCGUCAACGUCGACAUGGUGGCAUUCCCCGCCGGAACUGGAGAAACGCAGAGCAGCAUUGAUGUUCGAGUAGAGAACCUUGACAUCUUUGACCACGUUCCCACAUCAACGUGGAAGAAGUUUGCGACUUAUGAUCAAGAUCAAGGGGAGCGUGAGAUGGGAACUAGCAUGGUGCAUCUGGAAUUGCUGACUGUGCAGCCAAUAGCCGAACUGAAGGCUUCUGAGAUUGUGCUCCGAGCAACUGUGUUGCCCCUGAGACUCCAUGUCGACCAAGAUGCGCUUGACUUUAUCACCCGGUUCUUUGAGUUCAAGGACGAAAGUGUACCGGUUCAUUCGUCGCCAAGUGAUGUUCCUUUCUUGCAGAGAGCCGAGGUCAACGACAUUCCGGUCAAGCUUGACUUUAAGCCGAAGCGAGUCGACUAUGCUGGGCUUCGAUCCGGCCACACGACUGAAUUCAUGAAUUUCAUCACAUUGGAAGAGUCCCGGCUGGUGCUCCGACAUGUUAUCAUUUACGGAGUUUCUGGCUUUGACCGUCUAGGUCUAACACUCAAUGAUAUCUGGACGCCCGAUGUUCGAAGUAACCAGCUUCCCGGUGUUUUGGGAGGUCUAGCGCCGGUGCGAUCACUGGUCAAUAUCGGCAGCGGCUUUAGAGAGUUGAUCGAAGUCCCCCUCAAGGAAUAUCAAAAGGACGGCCGUAUUAUUCGGAGCAUAUCUAAAGGAGCCGUUGCAUUUGCCCGCACCACUGGUACCGAGUUGGUCAAGUUUGGAGCAAAACUUGCAGUCGGUACGCAGUAUGCAUUACAAGGUGCAGAAGAGAUGCUUGGCACUGGCCGCCGACCUGAAGAGGCUUGGGAUGAUGAUGAUCUCGAUGCAGAUGAUAAGAAGCAAAUAUCGUUGUACGCAGACCAUCCGACCGGCGUGAUUCAAGGCAUUCGCGGCGGCUACAGGUCGCUUGCCAGAGAUGUGAAUCUGGCACGAGAUGCCAUCAUUGCGGUGCCAGGCGAAGUCAUGGAGAGUCAGUCAGCCAGUGGUGCUGCCAAAGCAGUGCUGCGACGAGCCCCGACCAUCAUCUUCAGACCAGCAAUGGGCGUAACCAAAGCGAUUGGCCAGACAUUGAUGGGAGCAACCAACUCGAUUGAUCCGCACAAUCAACGCAGAAUUGACGAGAAAUAUAAAAAGCAUUAAUCGAAGGCGCAGAACGAAAAGAAGGAAGAAGAAACACAAAAAAAAGUUUGACACUUGACUAUACCCAACAAUACAUACAUGAGAGGAAUUAGCUUCGAAUUUACUGCGGCUGCGGAUUCAUUAGCGAUGGAACCGUCUUUCUUUGAGAAUAUACGAAAGGACUAGAUUUCUCAUCUUCUUCUUUCCCUUUCUGAAACAUUACACGUCGGCAUGAUGCUGUAUUGAAUAGGAGAAAGGGAAUCCUUUUAUGGCGAUGAUUUCUUUCAUUGAUGUCAUGUUUGGCAGGCGUUGGGGUUAUCUACUAUACCAGAACAGAAUGAUGCUGAGUUUUUGUUUUUGAUCUUUCUACCUUUUCUUCUCUUCUUUCUCAUAAUUCUCUUUGGGUAACACUGGAAUGGCUUGGAGUGGAUGGAUUCACUAUAUCGUGUGGGUAAAUUUACAGAAUGGCAGC